AUGCCUGCUAAAGAGGAGAAGCAGCUGGCUGGUAGCUUAACUCAGCGCAAGUGCCUGUUUAAAGUUUUUGAUGCGCUUGAGCGGUUCAUCCGUGAUUACGAUCAUGAUCGCGACAGUUUCCAGUUGUGUGUGCGGAUUGAUUCACUGGACAAGAUGAACGAAACCUUCGCGGAGUGUCAGAGUGUGAUCGAGAAGCUGGAUGCACCAGAGGCUCUGGAUGAGCACAUCGAUGAACGCGUUGAGUUCGAGCAACGGUACUGCAAGGCAAAGGGUUUCCUUCUCUCGAAGCGCGCCGGGGAUCCUAACCAGUCGGCAUUGAACGAAUCGAUACACGCUCCACAGCAACAUCAAGCAAACUUCCACCUCCGUCUGCCAAAAAUCGACCUACCGAAGUUCAAUGGGGACUUUUCACGUUGGAUUUCAUUCCGGGACACGUUUACUUCGAUGAUCCACGUGAACGGCGAUAUUCCCACAGUCGCCAAGCUCCAAUACCUUCUCCAAUCUCUCGAGGGUAGCGCCAAGAAACCUUUCGAAUCGGUCGAUAUCGCCGCCGAUAGCUACGCUACAACUUGGGACGCUCUGCUGAAGAGGUACGACAACCGGAAAUACCUUAAGAAGCAACUCUUCAAGGCGCUGUACGAGCUGCCCGCAGUGAAGCAGGAGUGUGCAACACGCAUCCACGGUUUGGUCGACGAUUAUCAACGUCAUGUUCGCGCCCUAGCCAAACUGGGCGAACCGGUGGAAUAUUGGGACUUGCCACUCAUCUACCUGCUCUCGUACAAGCUGGAUCACGCCACACUACGUGCCUGGGAGGAGAAGACUAGCCACAAGGACGAUGUGAAGUAUGAUGAACUGGUCGAUUUUCUCUACCAGCGGGUGCGGAUACUAAAUUCCGUCGGGCCAGACAGUUAUCAACCAGCCUCGUCGAAGGUGGCCGGCUUCCAGCAGAAAAGCUUCAAGCAGAAAGUGUCGGUCAAUGCAUCAGCCUCAUCCACUCCCAGCUACUCCUGUCCGCUUUCCUGUUCGGACAGUCAUUCCAUCCGAAUAUGUCCGGUGUUUCUUGGGAAGAACGUCAGUCAACGCCGAGAGUUGGCUUCCCAAAAGCGCCUGUGUUGGAACUGCCUCAGCGUUGGUCAUCAAUCCAAGAAGUGCAAUUCCAAAUACAACUGCCGUACGUGUCAUGAGAAGCACCACUCGCUUCUGCAUGAUUUCACUCCAGCGAAGGUAUCAGCUACGCCAGCAAUGCAAGUAAGCACAACAGAGCCAGCCGUGUCGUCGAAGCCCGCUGUUUCUUCAGUUUCCUCCGUUCAACAGCCGCUUCCAUCCAUGUCCCGCCAAGUUAGCAUGGCAGUUCAAACUGCAUGCACCAUGACGCUGCUUGAAACGGUUGUUCUCAACAUCGUUGAUGACCACGGCAUCUCGCACAAGGCUCGUGCUCUCCUCGAUUCGGCAUCGAUGUCGAAUUUCAUUUCGAAACCGUUGGCGAAGAUCCUCUUCAGCCGCCGGUCUACAGUGGACGUAUCCGUCGCAGGCAUCGGAUCCUCCACACAGAAGAUUAGUAGUGCCAUUACAGCAACCAUCGAGUCGGGAGAUCGAACGAUCUCGAUGAAAUUGCAGUUUUUGGUACUGAAGCAGCCAUCGUCGGAGCUACCAACUACGCCGAUCGAUAUUUCAGCGUGGAAAAUUCCAAGCGUUGAGCUAGCAGAUCCACAUUUCAAUGUUCCCGGAAACGUAGACCUCGUCAUCGGUAGCGAAACGUACUGGGAACUCCACACGGGACGGAAGAUUUCUCUGGGUGAAGGUUUUCCGUGGGUAGUCGAAACUCUCUUUGGUUGGGCGGUCACUGGUCCCGCAUCUCGCUCGGCUACCUGCAUUCCACGGUUCUGCUACCUCUCCACUGCUGACGAUCGACUGGAAGCCGCUCUACGCAAGUUCUGGGACAUGGAAACAAUUCCAUCGGCUCCAGUUCGAUCUACCGAAGAAAGUAUGUGCGAAGAACACUAUGCUGCUACUACGAUGCGCAAUUCCGCAGGGCGGUACAUUGUGCGUCUUCCGAGAACUGAAGAUUCUGAAAAGUUUCUCGGGGAAUCAAGGUCGAUUGCCGAUCGUCGCUUCCUGAGUUUGGAACGGCGAUUAGAUAGAGAUCUUACUACCAAGGACUCAUACCAUCGAUUCAUGGAGGAGUAUCUACAGCUUGGUCACAUGCAGGAAGUACCAGAGCCUGUAGAUGAUCGAAUUGAACACUCCUACAUCCCCCACCACGUCGUCUUCAAGGAAUCCAGCACUACCACGAAGGUCAGGUCCAUCUACACGAGAUUCCGGACAAAACGCAUUGCCAUAGUAGCAGACGUCGAGAAGAUGUACAGGCAGGUAUUGCAUCAUCCCGACGAUCACCGUCUCCUUCGUAUCCGCUAUCGCAGAUGUCCAUCCGAUCCGAUCGCUACGUUCGAACUACAGACCGUGACAUACGGUACGGCUAGCGCACCGUACCUUGCAACGAAGACACUCCAGCAGAUUGCCAUCGACCAGGCGAAGUUCUAUCCUGCUGCUGUCGACCCAGUGGUGGAAGAUUUUUACGUCGAUGAUCUGUUGUCCGGCGCAUCUGACGUGGAAUCCGCCAAAACACUUCGCCUUCAAGUCACUGCCAUGCUGGGUUCCGCUGGAUUUCUGCUGAAGAAGUGGGCGUCGAACGCUCCAGAAGUCCUCCAUGAUGUUCCGCCAGAAGAUCUGGCCAUCCAACCUCUCCACGAUCUGCAGGAUGAGCAGAUUAUCUCCACGCUCGGCCUUUUAUGGGAUCCAAAGGCCGACAACCUUCGAUUCAAGGUAGAAGUACCUCUCCCGGCGGCCAUCCUUACCAAGCGGAAGGUAAUGUCGUACAUCGCCAAGAUUUUCGACCCACUGGGCCUAUUGGGUCCGGUCAUCACAAAGGCAAAGCUCUUCAUGCAGCGCUUAUGGGCAUUGAAGCAUGACGGUGUUCUCUGCGAGUGGGAUUCUCCAUUGCCGGAUCAGCUGCAACACGAGUGGAAGCAAUUCCACACUACGCUUCACAUUCUAGCUACAGUCCAAGUUCCUCGCUUCGUGUUUUCAUCAGUCGGUGCUACUAUCCAGCUUCAUUUCUUCGCCGAUGCGUCCUCCGUUGCAUAUGGAGCUUGCUGCUUCGUCCGCACGGAAUCGGCGGAAGGUAUACGAGUCCAGCUGUUGACAUCGAAGUCGAAAGUCGCGCCGCUAUCCACGCACCACUCCAUCGCAAGACUAGAGCUCUGUGCAGCACAUCUGGCAACUCAGCUCUUCAAGAAGGUGGAUGCCUCGCUGAAGACCACCACCACCGCCUAUUUCUGGUCCGAUUCCAGCACCGUACUUCAAUGGCUGCGUGCCGUUCCAACCCGCUGGAAAACAUUUGUCGCUAACCGCGUGUCGAAGAUCCAGGCCACCACAAGUAUAGACCACUGGAGGCACAUAGCUGGUUCCGAAAAUCCUGCCGACGAUAUUUCGCGCGGCCUCAAUCCAACGGACAUUAUCAAUUGUUCCCGUUGGUGGCAUGGCCCUUCCUGGCUCGCACUGUUACCUGAAUACUGGCCCAAGACCGUCAUCGACCAGGAGAAUUCCCCGGCAGCGUCCGAAGAAGGGCGCAAAGCACCGAUUGUGGCAAUGACCGCCGCACAAGCAGAUUUCUGUGGAGAUCUGUUUUCUCGUUACUCUCGCUACAACAAGUUACGUCGUGUGGUUGCAUUCUGCGGCCGCUAUAUCCAGCGAUUGAAGAAGCGCAUAGAGUUGCGCAGUUCCGGAUCAUCUCUUCCUCCGUUGGCCAUUAGUAUCCGAUCUAUUUCAACGUCCAUGGUACCACUCACCACUUCCGAGCUCCAGCACGCUGAAUACCUACUCUGCCGUUUAGCGCAGAAGGAAACAUUUGCUGAGGAGUUGUCGGAUCUUUCGAAUGGCGAACGUGUCGCCAAGUCGUCAUCGCUGAAGUGGCUGAAACCGUUCGUGGAUGAAGACGGUACUAUUCGCGUCGGUGGUCGCCUACGUAACGCCGCACUAUCCGUCGCAAACAAGCACCCGAUCGUUCUGUCCGCCAAACAUCCGCUGUCUGCUCUGCUGGCUAGCAGUUUUCACAUGAGCCUACUGCACGCAGGGCCACAACUCCUGCUAGCCACUCUCCGUCAGAAGUUCUGGAUCCUUGGCGGCAGAAAUCUUGUCAAGUCCGUCUUUCACCAAUGCCACACUUGUUUCCGAUCCAAGCCCACUCUAGUCCAGCAGAGCACAGCCGAUCUGCCGGUAUCGCGAGUGUCGCCGACGCGUCCGUUCUCCGUUUGCGGUGUCGACUAUUGUGGACCAUUUUACGUGAAGUCAGCAGUACGAACCCGUGGCCCCAACAAAGUCUACGUGGCCAUAUUCGUUUGUUUCUCAACCAAGGCGGUCCACAUCGAGCUAGUGAGCGAUUUAUCGACUCCAGCGUUCCUAGCUGCACUCCGUCGUUUAGUCGCCCGCAGAGGAAGGAUCGUCGAACUCCAUUCGGACAACGCCACUACCUUCAAAGGAGCUUCGCAUGCACUCAACCGAGUCUAUCGCAUGUUGAAGACUGAAGCCGCCGAUCGAAACCAAAUCUUUGACUGGUGUUCCGGAAACGAAAUCACCUGGAAGUUUAUUCCACCGCGAGCACCACACUUCGGAGGCCUCUGGGAGGCCGCAGUCAAAUCGGCGAAGAAUCACUUGCUGAAGAUAGUUGGCAACGUCAAUCUUGCCUACGAGGAUCUACUGACCUUGUUGGCACAAGUCGAGAUGUGUCUGAAUUCUCGGCCCCUGACACCGAUACCGGAGGACCCAACCGACCUAGACGUCUUGACCCCAGGACACUUCCUUGUCGGAAGCAACCUCCAAGCGGUUCCGGAAUCCAACUGGAAGGAGACCGCCGACAACCGUUUGGACCACUGGGAUCGCACCCAGAAGCAUCUGCAGCAGAUCUGGUCUCGCUGGUACCCCGAGUACUUGCAACAACUGCAGUCCCGUGCAACUAAAGGUUGCAAUCCGCCCGUCACCAUCGAGGUGGGCGCCAUCGUCAUCAUAAAGGAGGACAACGUUCCGCCAGCAAACUGGCCGCUGGGAAAAAUUGUCAAGCUCCACCCAGGAAAGGAUGGCGUCGUCCGUGUGGUGACUUUGAAGACAGCAAACGCCAACGAGGUGGUGUGCGCUGUAGCUCGCAUUGCACUGCUUCCGACACCAAGAUCAACAUAA